GAGGAAGGAAUUUUCCCAAGUCAUCAACACCCUACGAGCCCAUGGUCUCCGCUUUCGAUGGGGCUUCCCUACCAAAGUUAUUGUGACCAAAGAUAACACCACCCAAGUGAUAACGUCGCCAGAAGACGGUCUUCGGAAAUUACAAGCCUGGGGCUUUUCGGAUCAAGAUGCGGAACGCACCACUUCGCCUUCAAAACGGAUCCAAUUGGACUGGCAUAAAGCAUAA